ACGGAGCUCAGCGACGCGCAGUCGCUGCUCACGUUCGUCGGGCAGAACCGCUUGGGCAUGGACAUCGAGCGGGGCCAGGAGCUGAUGCAGGUGGUGACGGGCACGAUGAUGACGCUCCUGAGCAAGGUGACGGUGCUCGGCGGCCACGUGGAGUCGCAGGAGGUUGCGUGGAAGCUGCUCUCCACGGCGGCCCUCGACAAGAUCGGGGAGACGGUGCCGCCAACGUGGGGCAAGGUGCUGAAGUCGUGCCAGAAGAUCAAAAGCGAGGGCGUUGGCGAGUACGUCAACGGUGGCAGCCCGCACAAGGCGCUGAUCGAGGGGGGCUUCACGGUGCAGCAGAUGACGGCGUACAAGGCGGGCUUGCUCUUGAGCGUCGCGUCGCAACUGGGCAACAUGGAGGUGAACAUUGUGCCUCGAGGCACGGUGCCGUACGUGCCGCACGUGAUCAAGCUCCACAUCGACGAGCUGAAGGAGAAGCACUCGCUGCAACACGUGCUGCACGACGAGGCGCAGGUUGCGCAGAUGCCGUUCGUGAAGUUGCGAUCGGCAUUCGAGAUCAAGCAAGGCGAGGCGGCGGCGUUCAACACGAUCGCGGAAGCCUGGGCGAAGCACGAGAACGGCCUGCACGUCCGCGCCGUGAGCCUCGGCAUGGACAACUACUUCAGCGACGUGAUCAAAGUCACGGACGAGCUGACGACGUGCACGAGGAUCGGCCAGUGGCAGACGAAG